AUGGCAGACAACAACCAAGGCUGCAAAAUCACCCUAUACUGGCUCGAACAAUCCCGAAGCCACCGCAUUCUCUGGCUGCUAGAGGAACUGGGGCUAAAGUACGACCUCAAGACCUUCAAGCGCCGCGCCGAUAAGCUCGCGCCCGCCGAGCUGAAGAAGGUCCACCCACUAGGCAAAUCGCCCGUCAUCACAAUCGAGACACCCGGAUCUGAGAAGCCCAUGGUCCUAGCCGAAUCGGGCCCCAUCGCAGAAUAUCUAUGCGACCACUUCGGCAAGGCCAAGCCUUCCCUGGUUCCUGCGCGCUAUGCUGCCGGCAAGGAGGGACAAGUCGGUGGUGAGACGGAGGAGUUCAUGCGCUACCGCUAUUUCAUGCACUACGUCGAGGGAAGUCUGAUGCCGUUCCUGGUCAUGAGCCUUGUGAAUGAUACCAUCCGCAAAUCGCCGCCAUUCUUCGUCCGCCCGAUUACCGGCCUCGUCGCUUCGCAGGUUGAGGCAUCUUUCUUGAACCGCAAUAUCGAAGGAAAUCUUGAUUUCUUGGAGGAUCAGCUGAAGACUGCGCCUGAGGGCGGUCCGUGGAUUUGUGGAAAGGAUCUGACUACUGCGGAUAUUUUGCUGAGUUUCCCGGCUAUCGCUGCCAAUGGGCGCGUGCUGCAGGAUAAGGAGAAGCGGGAGAAGUACCCUCUCCUUGCUUCUUAUGCGCAGCGCUUGCAGGAGGUUGAGGGGUAUAAGAGGGCUGUGAAGAAGAUUGAGGAGGUCGAGGGCAAGUUCUCUGCCUCUAUGUGA